AUGCCGCAAGCAUUGGGCGAACUCGACAUGGCCCUAGUACCUAGUGUGCAAGGUUACAUUGGAAAGCUGCCACAAGAGCUGCGGCUGCAGAUUUGCGAACUGUUGCCAGGCCGAGCGCUCAAGAACCUUGGACUGACCAACAAACGAUGGCGAAAGUCUAGUUCGACUGUGCUCUGGAAGACUUUCAGCUCCCAUCUCCAGGAACGAGGUCGCGAUUUCGACGCGCUACUCUUAUCCCCACCUGACGGAUUUCUCGAUAACGUCAAGAAUCUUAAGAUUACGUCUUUUGAUGUCUCCGAGAAGGUGCUGCAGCUGAUCGCUGUCCUGGCCCAAAACACAUUACGCACCGUGGAGCUACCGACUGGGAACCCCAGGACCUUGGGCCUUUUGAUUCGCUCUCAAAAUCUGAUUGAAGAGCUUACAUAUCAGCACCCUGGACUGCAGCAUAGCCGUCCGGACUCUCGCUUCCUUGUAGGCAACUUGAAUAAGCUUCGAAAGUUGACCAUUACACCCGCCAAAGAUGACGACUUUAAUGCGUGGCUUCUCAACACACCAGCUUUGGAGACCCUUAAUAUUGCACACUACAACGGGUUCAAGCCAUCCAAUCCCGAAUUCCGAGACUUAGCUUCUCUUAAAAGGUGGAAAUGUCCUAGUACUUUCAUACCUCUGAGGCUUCGACACCUUCGCCUGUCGUACCUCAACCUAUUCGACGGCCCUUACCAUCUGGGGAAGAUCACUGAUCUCCAGUCUCUUACAGAUCUUGAGAUAAGCUACUGUAUCAAUGUCUCGUCCUUUUUAGAGCAUUUGAGCAUCGAAUACUCCGCACUGGACAGCUUCGCUUUGAAUUUAUCGGAUGCUUUUCAGGCCUGGAGAGGCUUUUUGUCGCGACCCGAAAUCCUCAGCAUGUCAAUGUGGAGAAAAUAUGUCGACACGGGCAAACUCUACGACUUCUCCACUUGGAUCCGUUGUAUCAUCCAAGUCGCCUUCCGCUAUCCGAAGCCAGAAAUCACUGCUACACGGCUACCGAACUCGAGACACUUCUAG